AUGGCACCCCGCCUCUCUUUCUCGCCGUUCAGGACGCACUAUUUCUUUCUGACGACGGUGGUGCUGUCGAUCGUUGUCUGGUUUCUGACACUCGUCUCACAAGCACUCGCAACUGCUCAAUUCGGGAACCGCACCGUGGGCGUGUUAUGGUUCGCUAUCUUCCUUCAAGCGUUUCUCGAUAUUGGUGUCAUUCUCGCCAUCGCGACGGACUCUGUCCCUGCUAUGCGUCUCCAGGUCUCAGUAUUCGGCAGCAUUGCUAUAGUGCUCUCGGUCCAGGGAAUACAUGCUGGGAUAUUCGCGCCGCUCAAGGCUGAGUCCGCGCUUGACGCUAUGGGGGUGGGCUACCUCCUCUGCACAAUCAUCGACCUGCUCUGGGUGCUCUACUUCACGUCAGAGGAAGAUUCAUUGGCAAUGUACCUCUUCAACAAGAUGACAAAGGGUGGUGCGGGAGGCGGCCUGAGUCUGACGCGGAGAAGAAGAGGAAACGGGAUGGACAAGGAGGCAAACCUGGACAAUUAUGUGUUGGGAGCGGGCAUCAGCUCGUCAGAUAUUGUGCGCCGAGCGAGCAUUGCGCGGAGUAUGAUGUCAACCCACACGGCAAGCGCGCCCAUAUCCGUGCCUCCGGUCCCAGCUGUUCCCGGCCCAUCCGUGCUCAAGCGGAGCAACACAGGCACACGCUCGCUGUCGAGCCGCAAAAGCGUCGUUUCGCUCAAGGAGGACCUCCCUUUACCGCCUUCCAGCCCCGGCUACAUCCCUCCAAUGCCGCUCCACUCCCUCUCCUCCGUCCACAUCCCUGAACACUCCUACCCGUACUCGUCGUCCCCUGCGCGAGUCUCGUCUGGCAUUAACAUCCCCGUCCCAUCUAUCAUCAGUAGCAGCAUCGGUGUCACCAUUCCCGCAGUUCCCAAAGUACCCGACCACGCCCGCUCGCCGUCGUCGUCAACGAUAAAGGCCGCUUCAAAUAGCGUGGUGGAAGUCGACGACAACGGAUCCGUGCCUCUGCCCCGGGCACGCGCGUUGCAUGCCUACCAAGGCUCGCCUGAUGACCCAGACGAACUCACCUUCGCCAAAGGUGAAAUUCUUGAGAUUGAGGACCAGCAGGGCAAGUGGUGGCAAGCCAAGAAGGCCGAUGGAACUUUUGGAGUCGUCCCAUCUAACUAUCUCGUUCUACUAUGA